GAGCCACACUGGGGAGACUGCAUAUAACCCACUCAAAGGCUACCAGAAUCUGACCAAAAGGGCACUGGUCAGCAGGGCCGGAGUGUGGGGAAACUGCGUCCGGGGCAUGCGUGUGGUGUGUGCUGAUCAGGAGAAGGAGGAGAUCCGCAGUCAAACCAAUGGUCAGAAAGUUGCCCGCUCUGGCAAGAUCAAGGGCUCUGGGGCACUUCAGUUUCUGUCUUACCCACGGAAGUUUCUUGGCCACUGCAGGACAGCCAUCCUGCGACUGAGCAGCUAUGUAGGUUGCGUGAACCUGCUUUCAGAACCGGCCCUGACUUCCGCAUUUUCUGUCCUGCAGGUUGGAAGUCCUGCCAGGAGAGACCACAGCAGCCACUCCAUCUUGCACUGGGACACUGAGCCACAGGGUCAGAGCUGCGAUGGCUACUUGCAAGCGGACGGGAGGCCGCUGUGUUCCCGCGACUACGAAGAGCACAUGUAUGUGAACACCCAGAAUCUGCAGAACGGCGAAGCAGAUGCCGGGGAACACCGAGGCCCUGAAGAAAGUCCCACAAAAGACCUCUUUGAUAUGAGGCCUUUUGAAGAUGCCUUAAAGCUUCACGAGUCCAUGUCGGCUUGCGGGGCAGGCGGCAGCCCCCCGAUCGAAGACCAGUGGCCCAGCCCUCCGACCCGGAAGGCCCCGAUUGCCCCCACAGAAGAUCAGCUGAAGCAAGAACCUUGGUAUCAUGGCAAGAUGAGCCGGCGCGAUGCAGAGAAGUUGCUGCAGAUGGACGGGGACUUCCUUGUGAGAGAUAGCAUCACCAACCCUGGCCAAUAUGUCCUGACCGGCAUGCACAAUGGGCAACCCAAACAUUUACUUCUGGUGGAUCCCGAAGGAGUGGUAAGCAACUGA